AGGUCACCUGACCCCCGACAUCUGACCCUCUACUUUACACCCCAUCCUCUCUGGUUACAACCGAAAGUGAAAUACCCAGAUCAGGCGUUUGUCCACCAUCAUAGGAUUAAAUAAACCCAACCUUUUCGCUUCAGAAUCGUGAUAAACAUAUCCCUCGUAUUCACAAUUGUUGUACCCAGAAAAGUCGGUGAAAUAAUAAAUAAUAAUAAUAAAUAAUCUCCAGAGAGUGCCCUCAACGACAUAAUUCAAUCGACGCAAAAGCUCAGACCAGUCUCGAUCGUAAUCAGCAUUUGGAUUAAUUCAUAGACAUUUGGUUGUGCUGAUUAAUGAGGAUAAACAUAAUGAAUGUUAAGCAAGUCAUCACGACGAAGACCUUUAGGGUCAGUAAAACAUUCGUGUGAAUGUUGAUCAGUGAAUUAAUCGGUUGGAAAACCGAGAACUCGAGUGGAUUAUGAAAUUUUGGUGAAGUUUGUAGGUUAGAGUGACGUUUUCAAUUUCAUUUGCGACUAUUAGCAUACGGUAAAGAGUCUCCCAGACAUCAUCUCCUCGAACAAUUGUUUUGUUGUUGUGUUUAUGAAGUUUUUGAAAAAUUCUUUUGGUGUUCGGUGAUGAGAAUCACCUCAGGAACGACAAGAACAAGUGAUUUGCGUUCAUCACUGAACCAGUGAAUUGAAUGAUCGAAUCCUGUGAUGAAAGGGGGGAUGAUCAGCCCUUAUUCCUGCUGGACACCCUGACUCGAGCUCUUCAUUUCUCCUGAAAGACCCACCGACAAACAUCACCAGCCGCCAUUUUCCUCUUCUCAACCCUAACCUGGACGUCUGACACCCCUCAACGACCCCGAAAAUGCUGCGAACUCAUCACUGAUCAUCCACUCCUUCCCCCACAGGUAAUGAACCCAUCAAUUCCAUUCAAUCAGCUGUCCUCGUCCCUGAUGAAGCUGCGAUGAGUAGUUCUGGCUUUCGGGAACGAGGCUUUGGACUACAGGGACGUUUCGACGAACCCCACGUCAACAAUCAGACAAAUGGACCACGUCAACAUCACCGAGGACACCCCCAGGGUGCCUUCAACACCCCACGUCGAAUUAAUCGACAACAUCUGGACAUCUGGACAGGUCCUCACUCAUUUUACCAACAUAACCUCCACAAUUCACCCCAAUCCUGGCAGAAUCGUCCACGUCUCCAAGGAAACAUCAGACAAUCAUUCAGGGGGGGUGGUAAUUACCCCCCUCAGGUAAUUAGGGGGGGAUUUCCCCGAGGAAAUGGUGGAAACGUGAGAUUUUCGAAUGGCAGAGGACAUCAUCAGUAUCACAAUCAGGAUUUCAGGUGGAGAUUUUCAUCUCGUGAGGUGCCAAUUCCUAGUGACAAGGUUCAGGAUCCAGGACCACCACCACUAGGUUCAGAAGCUGAACGUAAACAGAAGAUAACAAACGCUGUGGACGAGCUGAAGCGAAAGCUCCUGUCGAAUGAUGGAAUGUCCAGUGAUGACAUCAUCUGGGAUCAGGAGGUUAUGGUUCCUGGGAGGGAUUCAGGGGGUGAGGGAAGGAUCCAGGGGGUUCCUGGAUUACUUCAUGGACCCCCUGAGAUAGCCCUAACCACAAAUGACCUCAAGGACAUCGGAAGGGUCGACCUGGACCUUCAGAAGGACUCGAAUGUCAGUUCUAAUGACCUCGAUUGCGAGAUUAUUGACGUGGACAGGAGCACCAGGAGCUUCAGGGAAAUUGUUAUACACGAUCUGGAGGAUAAUCUCAUGGACUCACCCGGGAUGACAUCAAUUAAUCCCCAGAGGACACCUCAGGAUCAUCUCCAGGAUGUUUCGACGAUUUUUCCGCACCCCGAGGGCUUUUUAAAAUCAACGAACGUCAAUUCUCUUGAGGAUGACGUCCCUGGAGUCACUGGAAAUGUGUCUGAGGUGAAUGCAAAGCCCUCGAGGACAUCUCCAAGGACAUCACCAAGGAUAAUCACCUGCCAGACGUCGAGGAGUGAUAAAAUCCCAGCAGAUCCAGCAAAACAUAAUAAUUUCGUCAAUUCUAAUUCCCCCUCAGGCUUUCCCCCUCACCGUAAGGCCCAAUUUGACCCCACCGAGCGUGGGGGGACGUCACCCGAGGACUUUCAGGACCGGAGGACCUCCAGGACCUCCAGCGACGAUCCCAACACCAAUAAAUUACGGUUUAAUGGCGGAGAAUUCACGAAAUCCUUCAACAGGUCGACUGAAAUCGAGUCUAGGGACUUUCUGAGCCUUCACAGGUCGUCUCACAACAUCAAUUAUCCCCAGAAAAUCACUAGCAACAUCAGCUGUCCCAUUUACACCCCAUUUACGUCGCCAUCAGGAUCAAAUAGGACACAUCAGGUGCCUGGAUAUGAAGUUCUUCAACCUCCGCCGACAGUUUUCACCCCCAGGAUGAACGAAAAUGUCGUUAAACUGGGGAAUUUAAUUCCUGAUUACAACGUCAUAACCUCUGGUGAGUAUUCAACGUCAUCGAUGAUGAGGGGGACAUCGAUGGAGUACGAAAUGUCCAGAUGUUACGGUACCAUGACGAACUACGUGGAGAUGACGUAUCCACCAGCUGUACAUUCGAUGGAUUACCCCACUCCAAUGGCCCCAGCUCCACCCCAGGUGAAUUCAAAUGACUUAAAUGAUGAUUUGAAUCAGAUUCCAAUGCCAUCGAGUGGAUCGUCAGGUGCCCAUGAGGACGAGGCCCUCGGGGAGUUGAAGAAAGCGAUGGAAUUUGCCCAGAAGAUCAUGGGAAUGGGAAAUGACGAGGACAUAACCUUCCAAAAGGAAUGUGAAAAUGGUUUUGAUAAUUUUCCGACACUUCCAGACCUACCACCACCACUUCCACCUCUACCAGUGCCUCCAGAUGAUGAUGACACGUUGAAGAAGUCGAAGACCACGAAGAAGAAGAAGAAGAAGAAGAAUCAGGAGUUGGAGACGUCAAAAUCCACCUCAGGAGCAUCAAAUUUCAACGAAAUUAACGGGAUUUUGACUUCUGGAGGUGGACAAUCAUCAACACCAUCAGUAUGUACCACUUCUGUACCUGAAACUGUGUCCUCAGCAUCUCCAGGUGCUACGACAAACGAUGAAAUUGUACCUCCAACACGAGAAGAUCGACCUCGAAUGACGUUUAGCCUCCAAUCAAAGAAAUUAAUUCAGUCAAACGACUGGAGAAAAAUGGCGAUAUCACCAGUUCGAGACAUCAGGACAACCCCAAAGCCCCCACCAAGACCCCCACCCCCACCUGAACCCACCGAUUUCCCCAGGAAAUCCGAGAAAAUCCGAAAAAACCAGGAAAUCGUGACAGAAAAACCUGAAAAUUUUGGAUUCCAAAACUCGAAAAAACAACUUCCAACGCUCGAUCUGAUGGAUUUCCUCAAGAACUCCCCCCAAAACCUCCUCUCCAGCCCCCCCUCAAGCACCCCCCAACCCCCCCAACCCUCUGAUUCACCCCAGGACACCUCCACCACCUCCAGGAGACACGAGUCCACCUGGAAGGACCGAGUUAUCGGUCGUUUUCUCAAGAUGUCGAAGAACGACAUCAAGAACAUGAUCAACAACUCCAACCUCCGUAAGUUCGAUAUUGCGAUGAAGCACCUGGUGAAGGAGAAGAAGUCCUCGUUGUCACUGGAGAUGAGGAACACCGAGGACGAGAGGAUAAAAAGUAAGGAAUUAGCGUACGAUAAAGAGGACUUCAUUCAUCAAUUGAAACAGAUUCUGGAUCCAGCAGCGACUGUCGAUGUUUCUGAUCUUCCCACGAACUUCAUCCACCAGCUGAAUGAAGUUCUUCAGCUGGAUGUUGUCCCUCGUGAGGAUCCUAACCUUGAAAUUAUGAUGUCCAAUCCCCAGACACCAAACAAACGUCAAAUCGAUGAUUUACCGCAGCUCCAGCCAACGUCAGGGAUCAAUGUUUCCCUAAUGUCUAGGGACAUACCUCAUCUGGGGAUCGAUAAACUCGUGACUAAAGCUACAACAUCUUGUAGGAGGUCUACAGUCAGUUAUCGGGGGGGUAAACUACCCCACGAUAAUCACUCGUCAUCAACUGACUCACAACAAAAUCAUAAAAAUAAUAACUUACGUGAUUUGAGGUUAUGUACAAGUGAAUUAGGACAUCCAGAGGCUGGUGCACUGAUAAUGGAGGAGGUGGAUGACAUCUUCAAGGAGGGAAUCACCAGGUCGAGGAUCUCCAAAGCCCCGAGGGUUGACACCCCAAUCGUCGACAGAGUCGAUCGAAUAUUCAACAGUGGAAUAGCAGCAGCUAAAGCUGCGCCAAAAACUGACGAUCGAAUGAGAUCGCGUAAAAACUCGAGUGAUCUUGACUUCUUCAGAAACUUAACGAGGGAGGAGUAUGACGCGAGGUAUGGUGAGUCCUCCCAUUCACUUCAGGAUAAUUCCAACAGGAUAAUGACACCCCAGAUGACGAGAAAAUCGAUGGAUUCACCUGGUCCAGGUGAUGAUACGUUCGUGAAGUGUCAUCAUCACUCUCCAGGUGAUAAUUCUCAUGAUGAUGGGACCAGUGAUGAUGGGGUGUCGUCUUCAGAUGUGUCUGACAGCUCCAACGAGCCCAGCAUCGACGUCUCCAGGAUGUUGAGGUUCAUUAAGGAGAGGGAGAAAAUGGCGAAGAAGAAGAGCAUUAAUGAGGAGAUCAGGGAUGAGGUUACGGCGGAGAUCGAGCGAAAGAGAAAGGAAAAGAGGGCGCUGAAGGGCUGGAGGGUGAGAAAGAGGGAGAAGAGGGUGAAGCAUCGAAGGGAGAGACAUCACAAGACCCGGAAGAAGAAGAAAAAACGUAAUUGUCAGGCUGAUGAGGUGAGUAAUGUCCUCGAUGGAGUGGGGAAGGGCCUGAGGGGGGGGAGGAACGUUAUGGGGGGGUUGCAACCCCCUCAGGGACUUCUGAGAGAGGAUGAGAUCAAGAAAGAACCUGGGGAGGAGACCAGAGGACCUGGAAAGGCACCUGACAGACUGAUUUCAUCAUCUGGAGCUGGGGAGAAGAUGGGAAUUGGUGGAUCGAAAGUUUUUGAGGUUAAACCGACAUGUCAAUCCAGGUCUGGGGGCACUAGUGCACCCCAGGGUGAUCAUGAUCCAUCCCCAAGGGGUGUGACACCCCCUGGAAACCCACCAGCUCCAUCAUCACCAGAAAGUUCGUGUUCUAAUGGACAAAAUUCGAAUUUUUUUCUUAAAACUAAAGCACAACUGAAGCUGAUGCCGGAAGGGAUGACGACGUCUGGAUCAUCAGGUUGUUCAGGUGUGGGGGUGAGGGGUGAACGAAAGGGACCAUCGACACCCCCACACCAGGGGAUGACUCCAUCACGUGGGGUAAAUGAUGAUCCGGAGGAUUCGGUUGUUGUGAAGACUGAAAGUGAUGACAUUUCACGAGGACAACGACCUCCUGGACAUCAUCCCCUGCUUUCAGGGGGUUCUUCGGUCUUCAUGGGGGUGUAUGAGGGACGGGGGGAGGGGUUGAAGAAGGGUCUGGAGGGUAAAUCAUCGUUGGGGAUGAUGGAGACUACAGAAAGUGCGAGAUUCACGUUUCUGUCUAAAAAUAAGUUGAUGGACGCCAGGGGAAUCGAUCUGGAUCCUUUUGUCCUGGGGGAGGGGACCCGGGUCACCCCGAGGGUACCUCCAGAUGCCUCCAGAUGUCAUCAGGAAUGUGGAUCAACAUCUGGUGGAGGUUAUGGUGCAAAAGGAAUUUCUAAAACAAAGAAAUUGGAUUUUAAGGCGUAUCAGGAGAGGGCGUUGGUGAAGAAGUUGAGGGCUGAAGGGAAAAUCAUGUUGGGGCAGGUCCUGGGGGGUGGUGGGCAGGUCCUGGGGGGUCCUGGGGAGGUCCUGGGGGGUGGGGUUGAUCACCUGAAUGUGUCAAGAUCGAUUGACAGCUCGAUGUCUCCAGUUGUUGCUGGUUCGUCGAGUUUGGGGAGGGAAAUUGUGAGAAAUAAUUCUGAAGGGAUGAGGUUAGAAGACCAACGGAUGGACCUGGAGGACAUGUCCACCUCCAAGGACAUCAUCAUUCAGACAUCUGACGUGUUUCAAGGACAAAUUACCUCGUCGUCUGGAGCUGGAGGUGUUGGAGCUCGAUCGAUCGCAGGUGAAUUAUUCGGUUCUUCAGAUCGAAAAAACAAAUCUGGAGACAUUUCAGGAGGAAAAUGGAGAUCGUCUUCGUCAUCUAGGGGGGGAGGUACCUCAGGACAAUCAGAUGCUGCUGGGAGGACGUCUGGAAGUCCUGGACAGGAGAAAAAUCGUAAGAAAAGAGAUAAAAAAAUGAAAGAAAAAUUUACUAAAUUCGGGUUUUAUUUUAAAUCAGGGGAGGACAUCACCAGCGAUGGAUUACCUGACGUUGUUCCAGGGGAAUAUGUACCUGAAGUUAAGUGUCAACACCAGAAAAUUCCUCAGGAACUUAUCUCCAAAAAUUCUGGAAAUAUUGAUGACCUUGAGAUUGAAAAAACGUUUCAAAUCGUCGAUUCAACAUCUGGGGGACGUCCAGGUGGUGAUGAGGGACUUUUGGGAGUCCUGGAGACGACGUCGACAUCUGGAAGAACCUCACCAGGUCCACCAAAGCCGUUGGAACCCCUGAAGAAGCCACAAAAUCCCGAAGAACAUCGAAUAUCGUCAGGAAAAUCUCAUUCAGACGUGAUUUCUCAUCAGGAAACGGCACUUCCCGCUGGGGGAAAUGAUGAUUUCAAGGUUCUGGAGCUGUUGGACCCACCUCCAGGUCGAUUGGACCCACCUCCAGGUCGAUUGGACCCUGAGGAAGACCUUUCUCCAGGUGAUAAGGCCCAUCAGCAUCAGAAAAAUCCAGAAAAUUCAUCGCACGUCCUGAUGUCUUCCCCAUCUGACGUUCCCCCUCCCCCACCUGACACAUCAGGACCAUCAACAUCUCCUGGAGAUACCCCUCCCCCUCUUCCUCAUCAUCAAGAAGAGGGUUCUGUACCUGAGGAAAUGGAGACAUUGAAAAAUGAAAAUUCAAAAGCUCCAGAUGUCAACGAAAAAACAGAUUUUGGUUCUUUGGAGGUGAAUGACGGCACCUGGAGGGGUGAUCCUGACCCCCUGGACCCCCACCACCUGGACCCUGACCCCCUGGACCCCCACCAACUGGAUCCAGAUCAUCUGGACCCAGAAAUCCUCCAGGAAAUUCCUGAUUCCAAGGAAAUCUUCACUGAAUCACAGGAAAAUUGGCAGUUGGAUCCAGAGACAUCACCAGAAAGAGGGAAUGUUGUCCUUCAUGAUCGUGCUCUGGUGGUGGACAUCCCGAGGAAUACUCUCCUGGAUGAUCCAGUACCAUUUGCCACGAGGAAUAAUUCUCCAGUUCCUGAGGGAGAUGCUUCUGAUGAAUUUGGAAUUCUCUGUGAAAAUGACAUUCAGGAGUCGAUCUACGAUCAUCAGCUGGUGGAGAACUCCCCCAUGGCCAUCAUGAACGGCUCCUCCCCACGUCUGGGGACGUCAUUCAGUCCAGAAGAUGAUGGUGUUGAUGGAUCGAGGGAGAGAAACGAUUUUAAUGACGUGAAUCAGGUGAAGAAGGAGCUGAUUGACGUGAAGGGGACGACAUCCCCGCAGAUUUUGGGUUGUCUGGUCCUUCAGGGGGUGUCCAACGACCCCAAGGGGGUUGUCAAUCAUCCGGAGGGGGAAGAAGAUGAUGAAGACGUUGGGAAAAUCUCCAGAUCCGAAGCUACAGCCGAUGAAAACGAGAAUUUAAGCAGAAAAUUGACUGACGCAUCUCCAAGAGGUCCAGCACCAGUUUCCAGGAUUCAGAAGGGUCUAGAUGAUGGGGGGAAUGUUCAGGGUGUUGAAGAGGCUCCACAGACAGCCCCAACAGCAGAAGAUAACGAUUUAUCCCACCAGGAAGUGGAGGACAUCAAAUCGUUGGACGAAAUCGAACGAAAAAUCGUUGAAACAUCUGAUGACAAUCAGAAAAUAAUUAACGAACAGCAGAAUAUAUCAUCAAGUGAUGACUUACCUCGUGUUCCUGAUGAAGAUGUUGACCCCCAGGUGGAGGUUCCACCCCCCGAACCCCCGGAACAUCCGCUGAACUCGUUGAUGACAGGAGAAUCUCCAUCAGGUGAAUCCAGUCAAGUUCUGUUGUCUAAAUCAUCAACUGUCAGCCCUUCCCCACCAGGACCUCCACCGGGGGCAUCACUAGGACCUCAAGACCUGGGGGAGGUACCUUCUGAAGCAGAAAAACCCCAGAAGACGUUUGAUAAACCGAAUGACGAAGUGGAGAUCUCGUAUUCGUCGAAAAAUCAUCAAAAUCUGAUGGAAAUUAAUUCGUCGAGUCCUUCAGGGCCUUCACCGAGUCCUUCAGGACCUUCACCGAGUCCUCCAGGACCUUCACCGAAGCCCCUGGAUCCCCCCAGAAGUCCACCCGCACCCUCACCACCUCCAGAAGCUUCAAAACAUCAGAAAAAAGACGAUUCAAGAGGUGGAAUCAGCGAAAAAUCGAGAGAUCGUCAUGAAAAGAGGAAAAAGGAUGUGAAUUCCCUGAAGAAGAUCCACAAAUUGUCAUCACCAGUUCAUCACCACAAGAAGCACAAGAGUGAUGACAGGAAGAGGUCGAGGAUCACCAGGAGGCAGCUGGAGGACGCCAUAAAAUCGAAUGUCGUCGUAAUUUCCCAGCCGACAACGAAGAUUGGAGUCAUGGAGAGGAUGAGGGAGAUUGACAUCGCCAUUCAGACCCUGAUGAACGAGAAGAUGACACUCUACCAGAUGUUGCAGAACGACGAGUGGCCUUUGGUCCAGGUUGACGUCCCUGAAGGACCAGGAAUCGAUGAAAAAUCGAUUGGAAUGAUGGAAAUUCCAGGAGAAAAGUCACCAAAAGGGACGAAAACUCCUGGGUUUUGCCUUCUGGACACGUCAGAAGGUCAUCAGUCCACUGGGUCUGAUCCACCAUCGACUAAAUCCAAGUCCUCAGGGUCUUUACCCCUCCCCAAUAUCGUCAAAGUGCCAAAAAACUCCAGAAACGACGACAAAGUCUCUCACAAAUCCAAAAAACGAGGGCGGGGUAAAGAUGAUGAUGUUAUCAUCAAGACAAAGGAGCUGAGGAGGGAGUCACCAGGUGAUUCUGCCCUUCUGAAGGUCCUGGAGGAUCAGGGGCACAAGAGGGAUAAGAAGUCCAGCUCGAAAGGUCCAGAAGAGGCAGGAAAACGAGGUCUGAAGGUGUCGCAAUUGACAGAUAGUGAGGUUAGGUUGAAAUUAUCGAAUCAAAAGACCAAGAUGUCCACCAUUUGCGAGGAAAAAUUCACCGAGGGUUCGUUGAAGGGCUUCGACAAGUCCUCGACACGACAUAAAAGUGGUUCAGGGCACCUGGAGACGCCGGAGAGUCAGGAAAGUUCAGAAGUUUCAAGAGUUGACAAGAGGAAGAAGGACAGCAGGAGGUUGAAGAGACCUCCAGAGAGUCUUCUGUACUCUGACGACAGCACGUUGGACUCUACUGAUCGAGGUACGAGUGAUCAGAAGAGGGCGACGGGUCUGGUGUUGCUGGAGGAGAGCAUGAAGCGAGAGAGUGGAGUCAGGAAGACACAGGACACCAAAAAAUGGAAAGAAAUGAGUCACGAAAAUGGCGUCAUCGACAUCUCCAAGUCGAUUGUCUCCAAGAAGAGGCACAUUCAGAAGACCUCGAGCAUUUCAGGGGAUAAAUUGGUGACUUCAAGACCUCCAGGAGAUGCCAGAAGUCAGAAACAUACCUCACAGGGUCCUGAUGGUGUCACCAAAGGUCGAAUUGUCAAUUUUCAAAGGCCUGGAGGCAGCAAAAAGCUGGAGAAGGGGGAGAAAGUCCUUGAUAAGGUUGAAGAAUCCAAGAAAAAGGUCAAGGAUGACGUCAGGAAGUCGCUGGAUAUCAAAACUGAGACGAAACCUCCAAAAAAAACUGACACGAAAUUCAAUCUCAUUGAUUCUGACUCGUCUGGGAGCAGAUCUCCAACUUAUCCAGACUCCACUGCCUCCACAGAUGUCACCACCACCAUGAGGACACUCCCCAAACGUCUGGGGGUUGUUAACGAUGAAGUGGAACGAGAUAAAGAGACUAGAGAGUCUAAAAAAUCUGAAAUACCAUCAGAGUUGAAGAUGCCAGUCUUGAAGGCCGCCAUAUUGGAUGAAUUAUCUGAUUCUUCCAGUUCUUCAUCAUCAAAAUGUCUUCAGGAGGCUCCAAAAAAUUCCCAAACUCCCAAACACAUCAUCGAAGCACCUGAAGACAGACACAAAAGGCUUCUGGACCCGGAGAAAAAUGAUAAGACAAAGGAAAAUCGUUUAAAACACUCGAGACAUCCAGACAAAGGAAUAAAAUCUAAAUUAAAUCCUCGACAUUCAGACAAAGCGAGUUCCAAAGAACGUGACAGAAUAACCUCAACAGAACCAAAGAAAGAUGAGAAAGAAAAAAUUCAGGUUGAUCCUCACGUUGGAGAUGAGUCUCCCAUUGAAGGUGAUGACGAGGAUGAGGAGAUGUCCAUAAAACGAAGGAGCACAUCAAGAAAAAGUAAAAAAAUCAGCAGCAAGAGGACCAACAAAUCCUCCUCUCGAAGUGGGUCAAGAUCAAAAAGAGUUUUGCGAUCAAGUUCACGUGAAUCAUCACCAGGAGAUGACAAAGUGGUGAAGAGACCUCGCUCUGGGAGCUCUCCAAGCUCCACACACAGUCACAAAAGGUCUUCUGGGUCCAAAAGAGAGCAUCACCUGCCUAAUCACAGGAUUAAAAAGAAAAUGGUGGAAAGAAGUCGAGAUGAAGUGAUGAAUUGUCGAGUUGAGGUGGUAGAUUGCAAGUAUUUAUUGUCUUUGGACCCUGAAGAUCAUCCCCAGGUGUUCAAGAAGCUGGGGAUCUCCAGGAUAAACCUCAGGACACCAUCAAAACCCACGAUUUUUAAUCAGGAGAUCAACAGGAGUGAAGAGGACUGUCAGGCCAUGAUUGUCGUCGAGGUUGACGAUACCAUCGUCAGUUCACCAGCUCUAGAGCUGAUCGAAGAUGGAGGUGACCCUGAGGAGGAUAAAAUGUCGGAGAAGUCGGUCUGUCUGGGGUUUCCAGUGUCUCCAAGACAUGAAUUGGUCGACAGUAAAAUGGAGGAUCAGGUGGAUUUGGCUGAAAACAAAGAGAGAGUGUUCAGGACAGUGGAGGGGGGGAGUGAGGGGGAUGUUGAGGGGAUUGACAUCAAGGAGGAGCCCAUCCUGAUGGUGGAUAGUGUCACUGAUGCUGAAGCUCGUGGAGACGAGCUGAAUGCUAAGAGUGAGGUUAGGUUGCAUCAAGAUGAUGAAGAGCCUGACCAGGGGCUGGAUGAAGGUGAUGGUGGUGGUGGUGGUGAUGAUGAGAAGGAUCGAAUGCGAUAUAGUGCACACAAAGGGCCGAUCCUGGAUAUUAAGGUCUUUGGUGACUCUUUCCUUGCAGCUAGUGAAGACGGUGCGAUCUACAGGUACAGUCAGAAGUCAAAUGGAAUAUUGAACAUCUACAAGGGUCACGAAGCUGCUGUCACAUGUCUCUACGUUCAUGAAAUUCCAGGAAUUACCGAGAGCAAAAAAUGGUUCCUUUUUUCUGGAUCACUCGAUGCCAGUUUACGAUGUUACGAUGUCAUGGGGGGAGUGCUGAAUCGUCCGAAGGUCACUGUUGGCAGUCCCAUUCAAUGUAUGGACGAGGCCUGGGGGAGUAUUUUCAUUGGGACGAAGUCUGGACACAUUUCACGAUAUGAUAUCAAGACCGGCAGCUUGAGAGAAGAUAAAUUAGAUUUUUCGGACAAACCUGUGCUCGCUUUACGUGCGUCCACCGAGGGACCACGAAAAAUUCUGAUCGUUGCGUCUCGCAACCAGCCAAUCACCAUUCGAGACGCCCAGAGUGGCCUUUUCCUCAGGACUAUCGCUGGACAGCGAACCCACACUGUCUACAGCCUCAUGAGGGACAGAAAUCUCGUUUAUUGUGGCACCAGCAGCACUUCCAUUCCGGUAUUCGAUUUCAUAAGUGGAGAGCAAGUGACGCAGUACACAGCUGGUGUUGGUAUUGUGUGCAUGAGGCUUCAUCAACAAUUACUGUUUGCUGGAUGCUACGACGGAAAUAUUUAUGUCUUUGAUACCAAGGAACCAAAGUUGAUUUGCAGCAUUCCAGGCCCUGGAAAUAUGCUGCUCAGUAUGGAAAUCAUCGAUGAGACUAUAAUCGCUGGGAGUAAGGAUCGACAAUUGCACGCCUGGCCAAUGCCACCAUCAGUCCGUACAAUUCUCCUUCAACGAACCUAGCAAAUGCUCAGAGAUUAUAAAUUUAAGUGCCUAGAAAGUCUAGUCAAACGUAUAAAGACUCAAAAAUCACCGAAAAUAUGGAAAAGUUGAUAUGCGUCUGUCUGACAAAAAAAUCGUUAAAACUGUACAAUAAUAUAAAUAUUGCACAUAACAAUUAUUAUUUUUUUUUUUGUACAAAACAAAAUCAACAAAUACCACAAGAAACAUUAACGUGUAAGUUACAUUAUUGUCUAGUAUUUUUUUAAUGUUUAUCGAUAAGUUCGAUUAUUUAUCAACUCCACAUUCUAUUGUUUGUGAAAUAUUUCUCGGGGAAAAAAACAAUUUAAGAAUAAUGGAGGUGGUAAACAGAUGUUUAUCUAUUCAUUAUAGUGCCAAAUGUAUAUCUAUUUCUGUUGCAUGUUCACAAUGUUUAUUUAUUGUAUAAUGUACUGAAAAUAAACUUAAGAUAAACAACAUGAACAUGUUUACAAUUAAGAUUUUAUUAACAGAAUGUUUAAAUUUAAGUGACUAUUUAUGUAUUUUUUAGUUGAAUGAAAAAAAUUGUCAAAAUGUGUUGAAGAAAAAAUUUACAUAAAAAAAAACAAUUGAAAAAAUA